GGGGGAGGGGAGGGCGCGGUGGUGGUGGUGGUGGCGGAGCCGCAGGGAGGGAGGGAGCGGCGUGGACCCUCCCGCCCAGGGGGGAGCAGCAGGGAGCAGCAGGGACCCCCCUCGUCUCCAGAGCGACGCGCGGCUCGGCUCGAGUCCAUGCCCCGGCUGCUGCCAUCUUCUCCAUCUCCCCCGGACAACGCCGCGGAGUCGUCACCACCAGCAGCAUGUCGCGCCGAAAGCAGGCGAACCCCAACCGGGUCACGGCGGUGGUAGAGUGCGAGGAUGACGAGGGGACGGCGGUGGAGGAACGGGGCGGGCGCUCCGCCCUGAUUUCCGCGUCCACCAAGGGUCCCCAGGGGCCCCGGGGCUCCCAGGGGCCCCGGGGCUCCCAGGGGCUCACAUUCGCUCGAAGGCCCCACUCCUCGCACGCGCCCCGCACCCUCGCCAUGGAGAUGGGCGUCGUUAUGGCGCCUCGCGGUUUCGCAGCGGCGGCUCUCCAGGCGGGCUCGGCACUUGGUUGCUAUGGCGACGCCAACGACGCCGACGGUUGCUAUGACGACGACUUGUCGUCGGUGAGCGCCAUGAUGUCAGCCGUGAUGGGGGCGGCGCAGCUUCCCCGGCCCGGCGCUCACGCCCACCUCGUCGGUCACCACGGCAACCACCUGGAUAUCGACUGCGACGCCGGGGAGCGGGGGGUGGGAGGUGGGCCGAUCACUGGGGCAGCGGUGGCGCUGGCAAGGAAGGCGGCCACGAUCGACGGCGCACUCUCGCCGCGCUCGCUCUCGCCGGCUCCGGGACGCGCCCACCGGCAAAAUGGCGGUGGCAGCGGCGCCCGGCGGCCGGUGGUCGGCACUGCCGGGGCGCCGGUCGUCGCAGCGACGGAUACGUCGCCGGGAGCACCGGGAGAUGGCGGCACCGGCUGCCACGUUUGCCGCGUGUGCAGGCGGGCGCUGAGCUCGGCCAGCUCGCUGGACCGGCACAUGCUGGUGCACUCGGGCGAGCGGCCCUACCGAUGCCCCGUGUGCCGCCAGGCAUUCACCACCAAUGGCAACAUGCACAGGCACAUGAAGAUCCACGAGAAGGAGCCGGGACUCUCAGACCCCUGGCCUCAGAUGGCGCCUCCCCAAAAGCACCCACUCGGCUGCCCCCCUGUGCAGGAGCUCUCGGCCCCCCCAAUCGCGCUCCUGGGGCCCCCCGUGACUGCCAAGCGUCCGCUGAGCCCCACUGAGGCUGAGGAUGAGCCCUGGUCCUCCAAAAGGGUGGCCCACGAGCAAGUGGAGGGGGAGGAGAGGCCGGGCAGCGUGGGGAGCGCUUGUGGGCCUGGCGGCACAGAGGGGCCACGCGAGUCCCAUGAGGCGCCACGCGGGCCCCAGGAGGCACUGUGGCGCUGCCCCCUGUGCCUCAAGGACUCAACCGUGGAGGAGCAACUGGGCACGAUCCCACGGUGCGAGCACUGCGUCCCCUCCUCCACUUCCACCUCUUCUACCUCUUUUUCCACCACCUCCACCAAUAUCUCCGCUACCUCCACGAACGACCCAACGGGGCCCGACCGCGUUUCUCACGGCGCCGGAAGCCCCGGCCUCAGUGGCGCCAUGGUCCCGAGUAACGAUGACGACGACAAUGACUCGGGGCCCUCCAAAUUGCGUGCGGCCCCCAUGUCCCCGUCCCCUCCGCCACCGACACCGCCACCAACGGCGGCGACGACGGCCAGCCCCCCACUCGACCCCGCGCACAUCCAGAGCAUUCCCAGCAUUCCGAGCGGCUUCCAGCAGCUGGGCUUCGUCGACUUCUGCUGCCAGAAGUUCCCGCUGAUCGCCAAGGCGUGGUGUGAGGAAAAUGCGCGGCGCAGCGCCAGUGCGUCUCACCGCUUCGUGUGCACGGCGUGCGACCGCGCCUUCCCCAUGGCUGCCGCGCUCCAGCUGCACCACCGCACUCACCACAACCUGCACCGCUCCCCGUCCGUCCGGCUCCACCGCGAGCGCCGCCUCCACCGCCAACAUGACCCCGCGCCGCAGCCGCCGGAUCCCCUCCUGGUCCGGCCCGAUGGCGCCGUCCUCGGCACGGUCCCAUGUGAACCGCCGGACGCCAAGGUCACGUUCAUGGGCUACCUGGGCCUGCGCCGCGCGACAGAGGUCGCGACCCCCCACCCCGCCAGCACGUCGGCCUCUGGCGCCAAUCGGCCAUGGGACGAGGCCUCGAGGGAGCGGCGAUCGCUGCCGGCGCCCUCAGUAACGGCUGUGGCGGCUGCUCGGUCCCUGCCCCCGAGGGCUUUCGUGGCACGGCGCCCGGCCCCUGGGGCGGGGCCCGCGAGGUCGCCACUGCCGGUACCGGCGGGUGCGCCAUCGGGGCCGAGCUGCGAGCUGGCCGACAUCCAGCAGAUCCUGCGCAUGGCGGCCACGGCGUCGCCGGGCAUGACGGGGGUCCUGCUGCCACUGCCGCCGCUGAGCAAAGCGCCGCCACUUGCUCCGCCCUCUUCCUCCGCCGCCACCGCCGCUACCAAGCUCAUGCCAGCGCUCAAGCCCAAGCCGCGCGCACUGCCGUCGGUGACCGCGGCAGCCCCGCCCGUCGUCGCCGGCACGCUGCUGCUGCUGCCUCUGCCGCCGUCGCCCACGCAGGCAGCGUCCGCGCUCGCGUGCCGCGCCCCGCCACUGGCGCCGUGCCGAGCCCCGCCGGUUGCCACGGCGACGGGGGAGGCGGAGGGGUCGCUGGGGGUGGAGGGGGCGGUGGCACGUGGUGGCGGCACCGUCGUGCCAGGUUUUGCCGUUCGGCUGGUGCAGUCCGUCGUGGCGGCGCCGCCGACCCCCCCCUGUCACCCGUUCGGUUGCCCGGGCGAGGGGGGGGCAGUGGAUACCGUCCCCGGUGCCGGCGACGCCGUCGAGCCCAUUGACCUGUCGGUGCCGAAAUCGAACGGUGCUCCCGCCAAACACGGCGCAGGGACCGCGACGCCCGCGCUCCCGCCUGCGCCACCGGCCGCCCCCGCCGCUCCUCGCCCCCACGCCAACGAGCGUCCUUUCCGCUGCUACCACUGCUCGGCCGCGUUCCGCGUGAAGGCGAACCUGGACAAGCACGUGGGCGCCAAGCACUCGGGCCCCACCAGCCCCACCACGCCGCCGUUGCCCACCGGGGCCGCCUGCGCCACGGGAGCCCAGCUCCUCCCGCUGCGCCCAAUGCUGCCCAGGCUGUCCCCAAGCGGCAGCACGGGCCCCGAUGGCACGGUGGACCUCUCCCCUCCGCUGCUGUCCUCGCCGCGAGAUGCGGCCGUCCCGCCGUUGCCACAUCACGCGGUAGAGUGCGGAGGCCACGAGGGCGUGAGCGCCGUCGAGUCGCCGCUGCUGCUGGGGACCCUGAAGCAAGAGGACCUGGCGGAGGAGGUGGCAGAGACCGACCCCGCUCCUCCUCAUUCUCCCGCUUCUCUGUCGGCCAGCGCGGGGGGAUGGCCCACAGGGCCCGGCGAGGGUCCGCACGUACGGCGACGGCCUGGCAGCCUCCUGCUGAGGAGCAUCCUGGCGGCGAGUAGCACCAGCGAGUCGCUGGAGAAGCUGUUCCUCACGGGCGUGGGGCUCACCAGGGCCGUCACCUCCAAGGAGCCGCCCCCCCUCGCCUCCAUCGCUCAGAUAAUUUCGUCCGUGUCGGCGGCGCCUGUGCUGCUGCGUCCUGGGGCGGCGGACAGAGCUGGGGAGGAGAAGGAGGGGGGCGACCUGGGUCGCGCCAACGGCGCCACGCGCCGAGAAUCUGGGCCGCUGAGCUUCGAGAGUGAACGGCGCCGCCGCACCACCGCCGGCUCGGCACCCGCUGUGCGCAAGCGCGGCCGCCCCUCCAACGCCGCACGUGCCGCCCUGGCCAACGGCACCGGCCCUCGGCCGGCAGCCAAGCGUCGGAGACGGUCGGACGAGCCUGGCGCCCGGAGCGGACGUCAGAGCGGUGGCGGUGCAAUUGGCGGCGGCAGCUGCGGCAAGGGUGAGGACUCUGAGGCGGUGGACCUGGACUCGAGCGGGGAGUUUGCGAGCAUCGAGCGCAUGCUCGACUCAAUGGAUUCCAGUCGCUUCAUGGUGCUCCUGGAGGCCGCCGGCGCCGGCAUAAUUCCGCCGGCGCCGCCCCGUCCCCGCGUCCCCUCGGCCGGUACCGGGGGAUCCGGGGGUUCCGGCGGGGAAGGGGAGAGCGACGGGGGCCACUGCACCCCCGAGCGGCGUCCGGCCAUCGGAGACGGCGCCGACGGUGGAGACGGAGGUUUGGAAGAGGAGGAUGAGGAUGGGGUGGAGGUGGGGGAGUUUGAGCACCAGGGCGGGCUGAAGAGGAACACGUACUCCAACUCGGUGCACAGACUCAAGUGCCCGCACUGCCCGCGCCUCUUCCCCUGGAUCAGCUCACUGCAGCGCCACAUGCUGACGCACACCGGCCAGAAGCCGUACCCGUGCCCGCACUGCAGCACCUUCUUCUCCACCAAGUCCAACUGCGAGCGCCACUUGACACGCAAACACAUGGGCAAGGGCGACACGCCCGCCACGCCGUGGGAGUUGGGGUGCGACGGUGCCAUCGGGGGCCAGGCCAGCCCACCGGAUUCCCCACGGUGUAUCUGCAUGGAGUCCGUGAAGGAGAAGGCGGUGGAGUCGGGACUCGCCGUGAAACUGGAGAUCGUUGAGGAUGAUGAGGGUGACGAUGGAUGCGGCUCCGCGGGACCGGCGACUAAGACCUCUCCGCCGCCAUCACCGCAAACAUCGUCGCCAGCUCCAUCGCCGAUGCCGGGGCUAGCACCGCCACCAACGCCGCCGUCUUCGCCGUCACCACCUUCACUUCCACCACCACCACUACCACCGACGGUGUCAUCACAACCAUCGCCAUCACAACCAACGCCAUCACAACCAUCGCCAUCACAACCAUCGCCCCUGCCAACGCCGUCAUCGUCCAUCUCUUCCGUGGCUCACGCCGAUGCAGGGACCUCCAUCUCGCCGCAAAAAAUCAAAACGGAGUUCCCGGUGCUCACCAACGGAUUCGCAACCGCGACAAAUGGAAACUGCGACGACGCCAAUAACAUCGAUGACGAUGACGACGAUGAAGAGGAGCAGGGGGAGGGGUCGGAAGGGUGGGACGACCCCGAUGACGACACGUCCAGCAACAAGAGCCUGGACCUUGAUUUCGCCGCCAAACUCAUCGACUUCAAGCUGGGCCCUGGCGGCACCGGCGUGGGAGGCCUGGUGAGCCCGACGGAGGUCGCGUCGGCGGCGCUGGGGGGCCCGGUCAGGCCCCUGGCGGCGGGGGGCGUCCCCGCAGCGCUGCUGGUGUGCGAGUCUUGCGGGAAAACGUUCCGGCACCGCGCGGUGCUGGCGCGGCACCGGCGCGUGCACACGGCCGAGCGGCCGUUCCGCUGCCCGCAGUGCGAGCGCACCUUCACCACCAAGUUCAACCUGCAGCGACACGCGCAGCGCCACGCGGCGGCGGCGCCGGCGGCGGCCGCCGCCCGGCAAACACUUGCCAAGCUGCUCCCAUCGGGGCCGCUGCCCGACACCGUCGUCCCCGCCACCGUUAACGGUGGCGGCGGCAUUACCGUGACGGUCCGAGACAAGCGGGGGAAGAGGGGCGGUGGCGGUGCCCGUCGCGGUGGUGGUGGCGGCUCUUCCCGGGACGCGCGGUGCGAGUCUCGGGAGCACGGCUCGCAGGGGUCGGAGCACGGCGACGGUGCCUCUCGGGCCGGUGAGGAUGUCGGUGAGGACGGGACGGCGGCCGGGGACGUCGAGCGUGGAGACGGAGCCCCAGAGGGGGGCGAGGCCGUGGGGGGGAAGGAGCGAGAGAAGAGGAAAAAAGUGUGCGAGGUUUGCAACAAGCGGUUCUGGUCGCUGCAGGAUCUCACGCGGCACAUGAGGUCGCACACAGGCGAGCGACCGUACAAGUGCGACACGUGCGAGCGUACGUUCACCCUCAAGCACAGCCUCGUGCGCCACCGCCGCAUCCACGACAAGGGCGGCCGCGCUGAGGCCUGGCGGCCUCCAGGGCCCCGGUGUCUUCUGCCGGCGCCGACGACACCGCCACCGGCGGCGCAGCCUCCCGGAACGGCGUCGCCGCCGCCGAACGACGGGGCCCCCAGCCCACCGCGGGAAACCCGUGACCCCGGGGAGGUCAUCCAGGGCUCGUUCUUCCAGUCGGUUGGCGCCACCGUGCCGUUUCCGACGCUCGCGCUGGGCUGCUGGGGCGUCGCCGCGGGAGCCCUGGGCGCCGGGAGAACGGCGGACGCUGGCGCCGCCAGUGCCUCCGGUGGCCUGGCGGCGGCCCGCGAUCGCGCCCGCCGCUCCGACAUCAUCAAGAGCCUCUUGGGUCUGCCCGACGGCACCGUCCUGGAACAGAUGCUUGAGUCGGCUGACUCUGCCGCACAGCUGCUCGGCGUGUGAGCGCUGCCGCCGGCGCAUCGGCUCAAUCGUCCGGUCCGUCCGGGGUGAAAUUUGGGGUUUGCGCGCCGCGGGAGGUCGGGAGGUCAGCCACGCCUGUUCCAUCUUCCUGCCGUCGCCGGGACGUCUUCCUUCCCUGCACGAGCGCGCACGCAGUAUUCCCGCGUAGCUGGUCUCCGGGCGCCGCCGUGGCUUGUCUGGCGCCGGCUCGUGCCGGUACUUGGUGACACGGGGCCCGGCGUGACGGGGUUCGGGUUGGGGCGGCACUUUAAAAAUGCCGGCGUGGACCGUGUGUGUGCGCCAGGAGCAGGCAGUAUUAAUGUGGCGACGACGUGAGUGGCUCGUGUCACCGGGUCAGGUUCUUUAGGCUACGGCCGCCGGCUGGGGGCAGCCAGGGGCGGCCAGAGUCCACCGUGUUGUGCCUUGUGUUAAGACAGCAACGGGGGGCAGCGCAAGCGAUUGCGUCAAUCCCACCCCGCCCAGCUUUCGCUUCCCUAAACUGACGGUGCCUUGCGGGGGAGUGACGGGCGAGAUCGUAAAGCGCUGGGAGGACGUCCGCUACACAGUCGGGGGCUACUCAGGGGUCCAUGAGGACCCAGGAGACCCCACGGUAAAGGGGAGCAGCCAAGGGGGGACCGUGCCUUCUGCCUUCAUCCCCCGGUAACUGCACCAGCGACCCGAACACCAGCGAGAGAAGCAAACCGCUAACACGCCGGCUGUUUGGCGACGGACGGAUUACGGCGCUUUUGGGAAUAUCUCACCAAAGCGAUUGACCGCCUCGCCGCCGACUCACGAGUGCCUUCCUCAGUUUUGAGAAUCGAGCAAUACAUGCGGCGGUUGUGCGUGCCUGGCGCAAGUGGCGAUGCCACGGGCCGGCGCAGCCACAGCCGACGAAGCCUUGAGAAAGCCAUGCUUAUUUUCAUAGUAAUAACGGUGUCAAUUGUACAGGCGUUAGGUUUGUGUUUUCUAUACAUAUAUUAUAUAUUUAUAUACGAAUGAACUGGAGGGUGCUCUAGCUUCGCCUGCAUGAAUGUUCACACUGGGCUUUGAUGGAAAUCAGAUUACCGGCAAUGUUGUUGCUCAUGUUAUUCUUAUGAUUACGAUGCUGUUCUUGUUAUUUUUCCCGUGUUCCCACUUGGGGCAGGAGGAUCAUCGAUUCCCGAGUUGCGUUCAAGCCAUGAUGCGCUUGAGCAACGUUGGGGCAAUUGUCGCCAGGAACACGUUUACUUUGAGCAACUAUGGCAACUUGUUACGGUAAUGGCGGAGAGCGACUUCAGGGUUUGAAAAACGGCACAUUUUAUGAACAGUGAUUGGUCGACACAGCAUCCAACCUCGGGUAGUCACGUAACCUGUGUCGUCUGAUUGGAAAGCAGCGAGGAGAUUUUUUUCAUAUUUGAGUGACUACAUUUAAUUUACAAUAGUAAAAUGAUGCAGCCACCAUUGCCGGCAACGAUUGCCCUGAAUUUGCCGUGGGGUUUACUGUGGCCUUCAGUAAGACGCUUUUUCAUGAGGCCACGGCGCGGCGCCUUCCGCGGAGUCGCCUCAGUUCAUCCGUUCCGCUGACUCAGCUCGCCGCAUCUUCCUAUCGACGCACCAGCCUGUCUAGCAAACCCUGCCCAUCGGUCACAUGAGCAGCCGGUCACCGCCACCCGGUGCCCUGUGGGGCUGAGCAUCUCGACUAGGACCGGUUGGGUAAUGGCGGCAACCGACGCGUCUUUGCCGGUGGUGUUGGGAUGGGUGCCGAGGUCGCCGUGAAACGAUGACCUAUUUGGAAAACGGCGCUGCAGUAAAUCGGUAGCCUCGACCCAAACCAUACAGCAAUUCCUAACCUCUGAGCCAUAUCUGUCGUUAACAAUAUCCAUAACCCCAACCCUAUCCACAAACCUAUCUUAAGCCUAUCCCAAACCAAACCCUGAUUUUUAAUAGUAGACCCAACCGCAACUCUGAUUUGGCCUCUGCGUUAUUUCCCAAGCAGUGUCAGCAGCGCCCUCGUCAUCCCCUCCGCUCGGUUUAAAUGCUGAAAACCAAAGAGAUUUAUGUUCCCGCGCCCCCUCCCCCCAUCCCCGACCCGGAGCGGCCGUGUGUGCCGCUCCCGGCUAAUGCGGGCGGCACCGGCGAGGCGAGGUGGCCCCAGCGGCCAGGGCUCGCGCCGGGCAGCGGUGCGCGGCGCCAGCGGAUGGAGCCUCCUCGCGUCUUCCACGCGCUCGUUUUCUAUGUUUUUUGUAACGGAUGAAUAAACGCAGAGUAUGCUUGACACCGCCGUGCCGCCCUCUUGAUACAAACACGGGGGCUUUUUUAGAUUUAAUAAAAUGAUAAUGCAUGGCUCCUUUUGU